UUCUCUGCGGAAAGGAACAGGAGAACAGCACGACAUGAGCGGUCAUUAUAAGCUGGUCUUUAACUCGACAUACAAGUAAUGCCUUCCGUAUGUUAGGUUAGAGGGCCCCUCGGCUCUAUAAAUAGCGUGCGCAUCCUGCUACUCAUCCGUUAUCGUUGUUUUUUUUUUUUUUCGUCCAUCCGACGGCACUUUAGUGUCAAUGAGACCAGGGCGCUCCACCAAUGACAGCUGACAGUGGACCACCGGUGUAUUACGGGGCAGUUGAGCCGAAGAAGAAGCCUGAGGUUGAGAAAACCACCAAGGACUCUGAAUCAGCCUGGAAACGCUACAAUUGGAUCGUACCCCUCCUUCACACGGAGAUAUGGAUGUCAGCUCUCCUAGGUGUAAUGCAGACGUUCUUUCCGUUGCUGGCAACAGAAAGAGACAUACCGGCUUGGAAAUGUGGACUGGUCUUUUCAACUUUCAAAGCGGCAAUGUUCCUCGCUUCGGUCCUGGGAGACAGAAUGCUUCAAUGGACGUCUCCACAGACGUGCUAUCUAAUCGGACAGGCAGGAGCCUUUAUUUUUUCCGUUUCAGAAGGCUCUCUAUAUUGGUCGUCGGGAAGUCAGUCGCUGUUCUUGCUUUCGCUUGCCACGGUCCUUCUGGGAGGCUUCGCUGUCGGACUGUACUUCGUCAGCCUCUUCUCGGUAGUGACACACAAGUUUAGCAAAAAUCCUGGACUCAUAAUCGCGGCGUUAGAAAUUUCUUGGGGAACAGGCAACAUGAUUGGAUCCGCCCUUGGAGGAAAGAUGAUUGACAUCUGGGCCUACCCACUGCCAUUUUUCGUCAUGUCAGCGAUCCUUAUGCUUUCUUUUCCCUGGAAUACAAAGCUUGCAUUAAAAAUUAACAGCAUGCCAUCUCCAAUCGACCAAAAGGUAGAAUCUGUGAAACCGAAGUACUCGAAUCUAAUGCGCGACCCGCUGUAUUUAGCUCACAUGGUUACGCUCACAACAGUGUGGGUCAUAUCAGCCUUUAAUGAGCCGACAUUGCAGCCGAGCCUCGAAGAGUUUCAAACAAGUGUGACUGUUAGGGGAACAGUGUUUGCAGUUCAGUUCGCGAGUUACGUCUUUGGCUGCGCACUCGCUGCUACUUUUUGUCACUUACAGGUCACGGCAUUAUAUGCCUUCCUCGGACACCUACUUACGCUGACUGGAUAUCUCAUCAUAGGACCGGUAAUAUUAAUACAGCUGGAACGGAACUUAGGACUUGUUUAUGCGUCACAAGUGCUGCUAGGAGUGGGCAUGUCAUCGUUAUUUGUGUGCGCAUACCACCAAGCCCUCCGGCGAGCCACGGAAAUGUACUACCCGGAUGACAUUACUACCCAUGGAUUUGUGUCAAGCACGGUGUUCACAUUCAUGGUUUCGGGCUCCAUAGUCACAGAUCCCAUAGCUGGGAAAGCUAAUGGACACCUACGGCUACAGGAAGGCCACGACUUUCAUGUUUUUCCUGCUACUCAUGUUGACUCCUGUGACAUUCGCCGUGUGGGUCUCCACAUUGAAGUCUCAUUAUGAAAGAAGAAAAGCAUGCAAGCACUGAAUAAAUAUUUCCACUUCCCAGCCCGCAUUACAGUAUUAAAUAAACGUAGGGGGAC